CCCUCCCCUCCCCCACGGUUUUCGUUUCUUGUGCGGUUUUUUUUUCAAACUCGGUGGUGGCCUGGGGAACGAUUGUUACUUACGAUGGCGGCGGUCGAGGAGGCUGCGGACAAAUCGGAGCCAGAAAGCGAAACGGAGGAAGAUGUGUAUGAGGUGGAGAGGAUAGUAGACAUGAAGAUUUCUGAGGGUCAAGUCUUGUACAGAGUUCAUUGGAAAGGCUAUUCUUCUGAAGAUGAUACUUGGGAACCAGAGGCUCACCUGGAGGACUGCACGGAGGUAUUGCAAGUGUUUAAACGAAAACUGGCAGAAAAAUCACCUGCAAAAGAAAAUCGGAAGCUUACCUUAGACAAAGAUAUUUUUGAAGAUGAGUCUACAGAUGAUUACGGAGGCGUGAAGGAAACUUUUCCACAAAAGACUAAAAAAAAGAAAAAGUCUAAAACUGAACUGGAUGUGAAGCAUGAUAGUCCUAAAAUAGAUAAAAAAGCUAAAUCCAGCAGGUCAACUAACGAAGAACUGAGAGACAAUGUUUUAGAGAAUGUGAGAGUGAUCUCUGAAGAUGGGAAAGGAAAGCAAAGGAGUUCAACUGAAUCUAAGAAAUUGAAAAAAAAACAUGAUGCACAGAGGUCUUCAUUGGAGCCAGUCACACAGGUUGACUUGCUAACUGAAUCUCUGAGCCCUGGUGAAAACAAAGAGCAGAAAAUUGUGGAUCCCAAUGAUCCAACAUUUGAGAAAACAACUAGGGGGCUAACAAGACAAGAUGUGGUUGCAACCUCAAAAAGAUCUUUGGAUAGCUCAGAUGAGGAUGAUCUGGAACUUAAGAUAAAGAAAAAGAAAAAGAAGAGGGACAAGGUGGAUAAUUCCAAGCAAGAAAUGAAAUUCCAGAAACAGAGAAGGAAUCUUAAAGAUGAUUAUUCAGAGAAGAAAACUGUAAGUAAGGAAAAUAGCAGUCAUGGUAAGAAACACAAGUGUCAAGAGAAGCAAAAGGAGUCUGUUUCGUCUGUAAAAUCAGAUGGAAAUGAAGUGAAGGUUUCAAAGUUUCAAAUGGAGGCCAAAGGCAAAAAGUCAUCAGAUGAUGAAAACAGUACCACUCCUAAACAAGAUUGUGUGAAAAUUGCAAUGAUAAAACUAAACAAAAUGUGUAAUGUGACUGACAGUUCACCUCAGUGUGGUACUGAGAAGGUGACUCAAGGUUUUGAACCUAGUGUAACAACUUCAGGACAGCCAUCCCAAUUUGCUGAGCCUAGUCUCUUUGAUAAAUUAGGAUUGGAUUCUGAAAUUAAUCGAGAAAAUACGAAGACUGACAAAUCGAGCUACUCAGCAGCAACCACUGAGGAGAAACUGGAAGCCAUUAAAUUUCCAAGCCAAUCUGUUUCCCGAGAGAGGUUGGGAAAGAAAGCUGAAGCACCCAAAGAAAUGUCUGACAAAAAAUUGGAUAUUGACAAAGGGCGAAAGGAACAAAGUGUGGAUCAUCAUAACAGAGAGAUGAAAGGUCUUUUUGAUAAGUUCCUGAUUCCCUUCACUGAUUCAACUGAUGAUGAUGACAGGGAGAAUAAAGACUCAAUAUCCCAAGGUUCUAAAUUUGAUGGGAAUCGAACUAAAGGGAAGAAGCAGGUGGCAAAAGAUAAGAAAAGUGCAAAGGAGGAGAGUGAUUGCAGAGUGCAAAGUGGAAUUGAAGAGACUCAAGAAGUUCUUGAUACCAUGUCUCAGACCGAGGAAAAUCCAGAUGGAAAGCAGGAAAUGCUUAAAUUGGGUGUGGACCUCCAACUUGAUUGGAUGACGUUGGAAGAUUUUCAAAAACACUUGGAUGGAAAUGAUGACUUAAUUUCUACACCAAAAACAAUAUCCAAUAGUGUGUUGCGUGACGCAGUAAAAAGUGGGAACUAUUUGACUGUAAAACUGGCUCUAAAUUCAAGUGAAGAGUAUAAUCUAGAUCAAGAGGACCCUAGUGGAAUGAAUCUAGUCAUGUUUGCAGCUGCUGGAGGACAGGAUGACAUCCUUAGGUUGCUCAUCAAGAAAGGUGCAAAUAUCAGUUCGAGACAGAAGAAUGGUACAACAGCAUUGAUGCAUGCAGCUGAAAAGAAUUAUCUGACGACAGUGGCAAUUCUUCUGGAGGCAGGAUCCCAAGUCAAUGUUCAACAAAUCAGUGGAGAAACUGCAUUAAUGAAGGCAUGUAAGAGAGGAAAUGCUGACAUUGUCAGACUUCUGCUAGAAUAUGGUGCAGACUGUGGCAUCCUUUCUAAACACCAGAAUAAUGCUCUAUACUAUGCUAAACAGAGCAAUAAUGUACUUGUAUAUGAUCUACUGAAGAAUCAUGUGGAAACUAUAUCUAGAGUAACAGAUGAAACGAUCAGAGAUUACUUCGAAGCACGUCUGUCAUUGCUUGAGCCUGUCUUUCCUGUUGCUUGUCAUCGACUUUGUGAAGGACCAGACUUUGCUUUGGACUUCAACUAUAAACCUCAGCACAAUUCAGUUGAAGGAACUGGGAUUCUACUCUUUAUCUUUCAUGCAAACUUUUAUAGCCACGACCAUAUAGUGGCUAAACUCUGUGGAUCCUGCAGUGUUCAGGCUGUUAUUCUAAACGAUAAGUUUCAACUCCCUGUAUUUUUGGAUAGUCAUUUUAUUUAUUCUUUCAGCCCAGUGCCUGGUGCCAAUAAGUUAUUCAUUAGACUUGCUGAAGCACCUACUGCUAAGGUAAAGCUGCUUAUUUGUGCAUACAGAGUCCAACUCCAGUGAACCAUGUGCCCACAUUGUAAUUAUUACCUACAGGUAGAAAAACUGCAGACACAUCUGAGCAUUUUUUUAUGUACAGCUCCUGCAGGACAGUUGGAAUUUUAUGCUGCAAUGUUUGAAAAUUCUUAAAUGGCAACUUCAGAAACAUUGCAUUUCAAAUUUUACAGACUAGUUGUUUUUUUAAAGUUGUCUUUUUGUAGGUAGCAGCCGAUUUAUUGUGAGGAAAUAACUGUUGCAGAGUCACUUGCCUGUGUAAAACCUGACUGUAUUUAGACUUUCCACAAUGUGGAAUGGAGUGGUUAUAUAUUCCAGACUGAAUAUUUACAAAAGGUUCAUAUGAACAAUUUCACUUUUCUUUUCUGUUGGGGUUCUGCCCUUUUCUAACUAGGUACUAAUUUUUUUACUUGGCUCACGUCACUUACCAUAGAGGGUGGGGAGAUGAUCUGUUCUAUAGACUUCACCACUUAUACUGAAAUACUUAUCCUGGGAACACCAGGAUGGGAUCAGUUUCUUCUUUGAGAACUUCUCACGUACCAUAGCAUAUUUGUUCACUGGUGUGCUACCUUUGCAAGUUUGUUUCAAGUGAUUUUGUAGUUAUGAAUCGGUGUAGUGUAUCAUGGUGCAAAGCAGCAUUUUAAACUAAGUAUUCUGGCAUUCCUAUUAGACAUCAAUGUAUAACAACUUAAUUUGAAAAUAUUUGUAACAUGCAAAAUACCUAGCAAAUGAUUCAAAAAGUAAUUCAGUUCAAGUUGUUUAUGAAUUUACUUGUUUCACUAUUGGUUAGGAACCGGUUACCCAUCUUGUUUGUUUAUAUUUUAAUUCGUGUUGUAAACUUUUUGGUAUUAUUAGACUGGUUUUUGAUAAAAGCUGUUACAAUGAUUCUUUCCCUUUUUGUUUUAUUUAAAAGGGAAGCACUGUUAUGAUACAGGAACUAUAUAAUCUUGCAUGUUUAAAAAAUGAACAUUUUACACUACAUACAUCUCCAGAAUGUGCCUUGCUAUUCAUUAUGUUGUAUAUCAACAACCAAUGUGCCUAACUAUGUUGCAAAUAUUACCAAAAAUGACAACUUAAGGAAUGUGAUUGUUGCAAAAGUUUUGUUCUCAUGUAAAACCCCAACUCUGUACUGAUCUUGUAAAUUUCAUGUAAAAUAUAAUUUCUAAUGUUUGAA